AAAGUGUGAAGGUAUUCCUGGGUAUGCAAGAGAAAUAUAGACGAUGGAACAAUCUACAGACAAUAAGCCUGUCAUACAGAAUGAUAUCGUUUUGCCAUCUCUACCACCAAAGCGGUCAUCCAUAUUGAUACAACCUCAGGGACUGAGUGGUUUCACUAGGAAUCCUGACGAUGACCAGAGCGAAUCCUCCUUCUCUAGUGAUUCAUCAGAAACUUACAAGAAUGAACUAAUUUACCCGAUCCUGAACUCGAAAGAUCCUAAACCGCAGACUAUAGCAGUCUGGUGUUUUCGAAAGCCCAACAGUAUCGCCAUCUUCCCUCCAGGGGAAACCAAUCUCAUGUCUCGAAUUGUGAAAUAUUCUCAAAAUCAUCUUGGUUAUGAAAGACACCAACACAAACUGAGGAUGCUAACACCCGGGCAGUUGUCUCCCCUGGACAUAAAAAGUGUAUAUAGUGUUCGACCUGGGUCAGUGGUCAUGAUAUUUCCUCGUACAAAGGAUCACGUUACCAUCGAAAUUGCUCAACUAAAUGCGAGUUUCUGCCUCCCCGUCGACCCUUCCAUGACUGUGUAUAGUCUCAAAAAGCAUGUCAGGAAAAUGCGGGGGAUUCCCAUUGAGAGACAGGAACUGCUGUUCAUGGAUCAAGCCUUAGAGAAUGAUCAUCGCUUGCUCGAGUACAGAGUCAAGAGUAGGUCUAUCUUACAUGUAAUGAUCCAGCCUCAUUUUGACUUGUUGAUAAAUGUCGAUACAUUCUGGGGUAUAUCAUACAGAUUUUACGUAGAUCCUUGCAGUACCGGUGCUGAUGUGGUUCAUUAUGUGUUCAGGCGUACAUUUAGUUCCACUGCUUUCAAGGAAUACAAUAGUCUUCAUGAAUUCUAUAUGCCAAUACAUGUUUUAAUUCUGAGUCACAAAUCUAGAUUUGUUCUGUGGGAUCACUGCCUAGCUGGGAUGGCAAUCAAAUCUGGAAAUAGACUUCUACUAACCACUGUUAGCCAUCAAAACCACAUGAAACUGCAGGCCAUUUCAGUAGUCACGGAUAAUGGGCAAAAACAUGAAGUCAAAGCUUCGAUAUUUGACAGAUGGUCAGUGAUAGCAUUUAUGAUGCAUGGUUUAACGAACAUUCCAGUGGAUUUCAUCCGACUUUACAAAGACAAUGUACCACUGAAUUUCAUGAGAAUGAUUGGUGAAGUCCCCAAGGGAAGCUCAGUUGUCCUGAAUGUUGUUAUGACACAUGUAGAUGGUGACCUCAUGUUUGGGGUACCCCUGAGGGUCAACUUAGGGAAUGGAAUAAUUGAAAAUUUGAAAAUUGCUGCAAACAAGUCUAUUCGAAGUGUAAAGAAGAAAUUAGAGCAAUGGGGAGUUCCAAAUGCAUUGCAUUAUCAACUUCUGAUUGAAAACAAAAAACUCCCUAAUAGCAGCAUAAUUCAGAAUGUGGUGUACGAUUUAAAGACACCACUCUCAUUAAGACUUGAAGAUUUUGCUGUGUUUGUUCAUACCCCUGAUGGAGUCAUUUACAAAACUUACACAUCAGUGAUGCAGACUAUUGGACAAUUCAAGCAUAAAAUUCAAAUGAAAUCGGGAUUAGAUAUGCGUCAAAGUCGUCUAAUAAUAGCUGGAGAGGAACUUCAUGAACAUGACUCUGCUAUCCUAUAUGAUGCAGGUGUCAGCAUUAAAACUUCUAUAUUUGUCAAAACAAGGAGUGAAUUUGAGCUUUUUCACAUUCUUGGAAGUUCAUUUGUCACCAAGGUCAAACUUCCGAUGAAACCUCUAGCUUCAGACAUCGAGAAAGCUCUAAAAAAUCGGAAGGACAUCACAGAUGGCAGCGUGAAUUGCCUGCUAACCUUUAUGUACUGGUUUUUUGUUCACAGAAUGGUUCAAAAGAACAGAAUCACUUUACGAAAGCGUAUCAAGAAACGCUUACCAAAAGCAAAAGAAAUGCUGUUCAAUUUUAAUAAUGGGCGUAACCUUCCGGACAUUCAUCAACGUGGUGUUAUGAGAGCACAUUCCCUGUCUCCAAAUUACUUUCCUCCUUUAAGCAGCGCAAAAGCAUACCCCAAACUUCAUCAUCAUAUCACAGUACAAGCAAACCCGUCCUUUGAGCCCAGUCAGUUUUUGGAUGUAGCAGAUGAAGUUGUGAUGGAUGGUGGCUUUCAAGCAACACAUCACCACCAGGUGGCGCAUGGAGGCUACCACCAACACAGUCUGCACUCUGGUGUGGUUCCACUUCCCGACAUUCACCACAUUCCCAAUAACAUAGAACCACCUCACAUGGCUAGAGUCCAGAACUAUUUACAGGGUCCGAAUCGAUUCCACCACAACAGGAAACAGUUUAUUUACAUUGGAUCAGAUGAAGAUGCUGAAAAGGAGACCCCUACCAAACCUACCUAGACUUAAUUAACAUUCAAGUUCUUACCAAGACUUAAUUAACAUUCAAGUUCUUACCAAGACUUAAUUAACAUUCAAGUUCUUACCAGGACUUAAUUAACAUUCAAGUUCUUACCAAGACUUAGGUUAAUUAUCAUUAUUAUCACUUGAUUUGUCUACACCAUUGUACACCCGGUGUAGUUGGUUUACUCCUAAUUAAUCAAGUGCAAUUUGGUGUAAUGUAGUAUAUCAAAUGUGGACAUUCAGCAGCUGAGGAAAUUCUCAUAGGUAAAACUAUAGAAGUUUUUCUCUCAAGUUUCUACUGAGACGUAGGUUAAAUAAUAUCCCUACUGUUUUCAGAAAAUAGAGACAAUCAUGCAAAAUAUAAACUUCUUCAAAAUAAUUUUUAACAUGCAAGAUAUCUAAUAUAUGUCUUAUGUUAAAUGUGAAAUAAUGAUGGUGCAAUCAAAAAUUACAACAACUAAAAAUACAUUGAUAAAAACACUGAAAUUAGAACCAAAUACCCUGAAAAAAAUGUGUAUACUUCGGAUUAUACACAAGUAAUUAAUAUUCAGGUUAAUUCGUGGGAAGUUUCCCCUUCAAUAUCAAAAGUCUUACUGUCAUUUACCACUAAUUUACAUAUGCAUUGUUUUAAACCUGUCAGUAUAUCCCACUCAAAUUUUGCGUUCUCACGAAUUGAACCUGAACGCCAAUUUUGUCAAAUUAAAUACUCGUGAUUUAAAAGGAAUCGACAGUAAAUCUCUGCAAAAAAAACAAUUAUAGAAUUCUUUACUUUGUUACAAACCACCUUGUGAAGAGAAUUGUUGUUGCAUACAAAAAGCUGAUUGCAAUAAAAACUGCACUACAUCAAAAAGGGAGAUGGGGAACCCAGUCCCUGUGCAAUAAUCAACCGAGAUGUAUAGAUGACAUUGUUAGAAGAUAAAGAAGCAUGAUCUUAUAUUGUGCUGGGGGUUGAGAGGUUGAAUGACAUGUUUAAACAUGUACUUGUGUACUGAAAAUAAUUAAAGAAAUUGCAUGGGUACAUGUAUUUGUAUUAGAGUGCUUGAAAUUUUUAAAUAAUAUUAAAAGGGUAUGGUAUGUGAAGGCAAUCUAACCAUUUGAUGCUCUGAAAAUAUGACUGGCCUUGGAUCCCAUACUAAAGCAUCAAGAUAUGGUUAGAUUGGUGCAAUAGACUCUUCAUAAUAAAGGUCUGUUAUUCAAGUUCUGUGCAGAGUAUACCAUUAAAAGAGAAGGAUGUCAAUUUAUUUUUGAGAGGGUGUGCAUGGGUGACUUCCCCUUACCUUGUCUGGAUUUUCUCUAAUAAUUUUUCUCUACAUUUACACAACAAAAAUAAAUGAAACAUGUUGCACAAAUCUUAAGAAACCUGCAAUAAAUUUCAUAAUUACAGAGAGGCUGUACUACAGUUCUGCUUGCUAGACAUUUGAGAUACAUCUACAGAAUGGAUCUUGUCAGAUUUUGUUUUUACCUGCUGUCAUCAGAAGCUAAACACAAAGACAAUCAAGCAUUAAUUCACGUAAAAAUAAAAAAUUCCUUAGGUUUUAAGCAGAAAUUCUCGAUAUCAAGAGGCACUUACAUCGAUGUGUUCUCCAUUGCGAUACCAUUUGACCUUUGCCCUUGGGUCAGAAACGAAGCACUCUAGCACAGCUUCCUUCCUUCUGGUGAUGGCGUAUUUCUCGGGUAACUUCUGCGUGAAGAAAUACUCAGGCUCUUUGGCUGUAAGGAUACAGAAGCUGAUGUGAACAUGUCUGUGACAGAAAAACUUCUCCGUUAGAUUUCUGCUUAUAGCAUUCAAUGUUGCAUUUCAGUGGAUACAUUCCCUUAAUAAAGUUGUUUACUUGUCAAAUCAAAUACAUUUACUUUUAACCACUUUCCUUAAUAACAUUAUUAUAAUGUUUUCAUUCAAUCAAUUAAAUGCAACAUUAAAACUACAAGCAGGAAAUCUGGGAAUGAGACUUUAAAAAAACCCAAUAAUUUCUUGAAACCCUACACUUUCCAACAUAAUGAGGCUAUUUCUAGGAUUCACAAGCAAGUUGAUCUAACAUCGCUGCUAUGGCCUGCCCUCUUCACUAGCGCGGCUAAGAAAUCUAUGCAUGAUUGAGAAGAUAUAUCAUCUAAAACACUUCAUGCAUAACUAUGUACCAUGCAUAGAUACAUAAUAUAAAUAUUAUGCAAAACCAACCAGAGAGAGAAAAGAAUAGAAAGAAAUAGAUGCUCAGCUUGAAUUCACCUGCAAUUGUGUUGGGCAAUGUUCAUAGGAGUCAGGGAUGGGGGUAGGGAAUAGGGGCGCAGGGGCAAUUUCAAGCGCUGUUCUGUUCUCAUAUUGGUCAGAGUAUCGCAAGGUAUCCUUUUCAACAUUUCCCCAUGAAUUACAAUCACAUUUAUUAUGACCUACAUCUUCUGACUACAUACCUUGCACAUACAACCAAGCAGACGUUUUGACACCAUUACAUUCCAAAGUGUACUUUCCUCCAUCUUCCAAUUUAAUAUUAUUAAUCAGAAGUUUGUAGGUGUUGCCCUCGUUUAGGAAAUGAAACUUGUGUCCAUUGAAGAUCUCUAGUUUGUUUUUGAACCAUUUGAUUUUGGCAUUGGGUUUGCAGAAUUCAGCAAAGAAGGUAGAUUCUUUGGUACCCUCCAUGAUCUUCAUGUCCUGCAGAUCUUGUGAAAACUUCUCUGGUUCCUAUGAAACACACAGGAAAAUCUUAACAUGCUAUCACAAAAACAAUAUUUGUUGCUCAAUGCAUAAAGAGCAUGUAUUCAUUGUUUGCUUUUUCAAUAUAAUCACAUAAAAACUUCUGGUAAAUAAAAUUUUACAAAUUAACUUUCUGUUUUAUGAAUUAAGAAUUAAAAUUUACAUUUCAAAUAAUUCUGAACAUUACAUACAUGUACUUCAAAGUAAUUUCCAUUUUUCUACAUAAAAAUCCACAUUUUUUCCUAUUGCUAAGAAACUUAACAAAGCAUGCUUCUAUUCUAAAGAAACCUCAGUUUACAGUACCUUGUAAAGUGCCUGAAAUUCUAGUUUUGAGGACAAGUGCAGAAUAUAGACCCAGAGUACAAAAUUAACAUAUUCUAUCAAUUAAGUUUGCAGACUAACAUGUUCAAAGGAAACUUCUGUGCUGGUGAAAUUGAAAGCAUGUGUCACAGUUGGAUUUCUUUCAAGCAUGAAACUUUGAAAAAUAAAUCUUGGAUGAGGGAAUUGCUCAAAAAGAACAUUCAAUUUGAAAAAAAAGGAAGGCUUAAGGAAAUAUAACUUUUACAAUUGGUUGUCUUGCUAAGGCAGAAAGUGAAAGGUAAAUAAAAAUUGAGACUGAAGAGAAGUUAAACAGGUAUAAAGCAUUAUCUAGAGGAUACAUCAUUUGUUAAGAGUAUGAUGUACAUGUCUGAUACCUCUUUUUUGACCUCCCUGUGCUGAAGAGUUGGCCAGUCAGGAAUGAGAUCGACCAAUGAGGCUCUGCGCUGUUGCAUGGAGGAUCUACGAUUUUGCUCCAUAGCCUCCAGCUUGUCUACAGAUGGUUUUUUAAUUGGAAUAUCAAGUGUUUCAACUGAUUGUCUUCUACUUCCUCUAUCCUGAUGAAAACACACACACAAACUUAACACACUCAUCUAGAUCACUACAGCUAAAGGGAGAAGCAGUUAUUCUACGGGAAGUCUGACCUUCAGAUCUGGUCUUCAGAGAUGAAUUUACAAACAAUUAUUCAGUCAUUUAAUGAAUAAAAUAAAACACAAUCCAAACACCAGAAAUCUGAAGAUCAUUCUACAGAAAAUAAUUACCUGAUAAGCACAUAAUAAAAUAAAAUAAAAUAACGGCUUUUCCAAACAAAACGGGUAGACUACGUCACCUAGCAUUGAUUUGUAAGCGGAAAGCAAAAAUUGUUGGUCCACAACCUAAAACAUUUUAUCAAACUAACUUAACCUUCACUGCAAAAAUCCUCUAAAAGGCAGUCUCACGUAGGAGGACAAUAUAGAAAUUCUGCUCUCAACUUCUAUAAUACACCCCAAACUGACAACAAUGGAUGAGGGCACACUAGACCUGCCUUGUCCACAGUUUUUCUGUGUUUGAGAACAACAUGAAAUGGGUCUCCUUGCGAAUCUGUUGAGGCGUUGGACCAACGACGCUGAGAAAUAUCUUUGCGUGACGGAUAAUAAGGCUGAUCCUCCGAGAUCAACGAGCUUCGUCUUGAAGGACCUACACUUGGGCACUUGCAAUUCAAUCAACAAAUGUACAGUAUUGAAAAAAAAACUACUCUAUAAUAACAACAUGAAACCAACAAACUGGUCAUCAUAUAUUAAUCAGCAUUCUGCAACUUUUUCUUGGGGCUGUUGAUAUGGGAUGAUGGAAAUAAUCAAAAUGCGUUAAUAACUUGACAUUUGGCUAAGAAGGCAAUGUUGACGCCAAGUAACAAUUAGUUGUAUUCUAAGGUGCAAUGGCAUUUUUAAGUAUUCAUAUUUCAAUAUUAACUUGUUAAAUAUGUAAAAUUAAAUGUUAUAUUGCUAAAAAAAAAAAAAGAAA